GGCAACAAUCUUCUGGAAAUGUCAUUUUCGCUAAACAGUUUUCAUUUUUUGUUAGCAAGACAUCAUUUAACAAUAACAGAACUCGUAGGAUUGUUCCAAUUUAAUUACAAUAAUAUUCACACAAUUAACCAACGAUAGGAAUUACUUCGAAAAAAAUCAUUGUCGCAUUGUUCUUUGCAGGCGCAAUUUCUUAACAAGCUGCAGCAAAAGCACGCCAGAGAAACGAUUGCGAGAAUUGCCUUACUUGAAAUCCGUCGCUGAAGACAAGACCAAACACACACAAAUAUGGCAAAAGUUCACAUCACCAAUGUUGUGGUACUGGACAAUCCCAGCAGUUUCUUCAAUCCAUUUCAGUUUGAGUUGACUUUCGAGUGCAUUGAAGAAUUAAAAGAAGACUUGGAAUGGAAAAUGAUUUAUGUUGGUUCGGCUGAGUCAGAGGAAUACGAUCAAGUGUUAGAUACCAUCUAUGUUGGUCCCGUACCCGAAGGAAGACACAUAUUUGUAUUCCAAGCAGAUCCCCCAGAUGUAACAAAAAUACCCGAACAGGAUGCCGUUGGUGUUACAAUUGUUUUGCUCACAUGUUCAUAUCGGGGUCAAGAAUUUGUUCGUGUCGGUUAUUUUGUAAACAAUGAAUACACUGAUCCUGAAAUGCGUGAAAAUCCUCCACCAAAACCUCUGUAUGAUCAAUUGACCCGCAAUAUAUUGGCCACAAAACCUCGUGUGACGCGUUUCAAAAUCAAUUGGGACGAUACCCCGGCAAAUGGUCUUACAAACGGCAAUGGUGAACAUCACAUGGACGAUGAGAUGCAUUGUGGUGGUGCGGAGGCCACAAUGAACGGUUGUGAGGCAUCAGCGACAGCAGCCGAAACAAAUAAUGGUCAUUCAAAUGCUCUGGAAGCCACAAUGGAUGAGAAUAGCUUGGCAAUGCCUUUAGAGAAUGGAGUCACAGCCUUAAAUGAGAAUUCAAAUUCUUUAGCUAUGGAAUGUUAGGUUUAUGUUACAUACUAAUAUAAUUACUGCCGGCCACCGUUUAAUGUGGGGUAUAUAUUUAUAAAAAGCUAUUAUUUUUAAUUUUAGUUGAAGCGAACAACAAUGAAAUGAAAAAAAGUAAUUGUUUUGUACCUUUCGAACAUCAAAUGAAAUAAUGCUAUUUUCACAAUAACUUUUUUAAACAAUGGCAAAGAAAGCGGCAUGAACCUUUAAAGUACAGUCGUCUAAAUUCCAUCCGAAUUGUUAGCAACUUAUUUGGGACAAAGAAAUACACACACACAUACACACUCAACCAAGAAGGAUCUCAUGUUGCUGCGUUUUGCAUAUGUUGUCAUCUCUUAUGGCACCGAAUCGAGCAUAUUCGGAAAAAUAUAAUUUUGUCGAGUAGCAGUACUAUUUUUAAGUCGUUUUCUGAACAUAAAUUUUUGUUUCUUUUUAAUUUU